AUGUCACACCAGACGGGAAUCAAAGCAAAUGAUACCCUAAGAAAGUUCUUCAGCAAAGCAGCAUCAGACAAGAGUGUUCGGGCCAUUAAAGUGUCUAUUGUAGACGAGGAACUCUCUCUAUCUGGUCACGAAAAACAUCACAAAUCAUGGAAAGACGAUUUUGAAAAAGUUGUCAAGCAAUUUAUUCUACCGGAUGUACCAUGUUAUGUAUUAUAUAGAUUUGAUGUAAAAAGUGACACCAAAAAUUAUGAUUGGUUGCUUAUAAGUUGGUGUCCUGAUGUAGCACCUAUUCGACAAAAGAUGUUGUAUGCAUCUACAAAAGCUACACUGAAACAAGAAUUUGGUAGUGCUAAAAUCAAAGAAGAACUUCAUGGAACUAUCAUGAUUGAUGUUACUCUUGAUGGGUUGGAACAAAGUCGACUGUCUCAAAAAGCACCAGUACCUUUAACUAUCCGUGAAGAAGAAAUGGCGGAACUUCGAAAAGCUGAAGUUGGACAUAGUACAUCAGUGUCUGUUGACAGUCGAUCUCAAGCAGUAUCUGGUAUCAAGUUUCCUAUGUCAGUUGCUGCUGUAACAGCACUUUCUAUAUUUGUGGAUAGUAGUGAAGUUAACUACGUACAGUUUUACAUUGAUAUGACAAAAGAGAGUAUCGAGUUAGCUACUUCGGACAAUGUAUCUGUGAGCCUUCUCAAUGACAAAGUUCCUAAAAAUGAUGCUAGGUAUCAUCUUUAUAUGUACCAACAUAAAAGAAAUGGUACCCAAACAAACUCUGUUUUUUUCAUUUAUUCAAUGCCAGGAUACUCGUGUCCCAUAAAAGUGAGGAUGUUAUACUCCAGUUGCAAAUCACCUUUUAUCGAAGAAUUAGAAAACUUAUAUAAGUUAAAAAUUCAUAAAAAAUUGGAAAUAGAUAAUGAUGAUGUCAUCAAUGAGAAAUAUUUAUUAGAUGAACUAUACCCAGAAAAAGAAUCUGAUAAACCAAAAUUCAGUAAACCCAAAGCUCCAGGACGAGGUGUCCGAAGAAUAAUAAAGUCUAAUGAAUGA